CCUCGACCGGCCUCCCACGGCCCCGCCCCAUGACGCCGGCCUCCACGGCUUCGACCCCCCGCGCCGCCCCGCAAUGCCGACCUCCAAGGCCCCGGCCCCUGCGCCGCCCCGCAACGGCUGGCCCCGGCCCUGCCCGCUGCGACCCUCCCUAAUCCCGCGAGAUCCGCGACAUGUCGAGCCGCCACCAUCGGAUCCCCCCACCGCGCCCCUUCUUCCUCAUUCUGGUCCGUCCCGGGGCGAGGACGGGCUCUGCCGCGCCGUGAACGAGGGAACUUCACGGGCGGGGUCGGCGAGCAGAGGAGGUGCUGAGGAUCCGGCUGUUGCCGGGCUUCUCCCGUCGGAUCCAAUCGCUGUCAGCCAGAUCCGCUGCAGCGUGCUAGCUGGCCGCCUUCCGCAGCCUCACCGCAUCCUGCAUCGACCGGAGAAACCCCUUCGUGAUCCCAUCUUCCUCCCCCUACACCAGCGUUGGUGUUUUGGCGCCUCCCCCGUGCAGCUUCGUUGUUGCCACAAUGAAGUUCAGCUGGCUCACUGCUGCAGCACGUCGCCGGCGGUGCACACUCUGCACGCAUGUUGUCCACUUGGCGAUUGUGCGUUUUGGUGUUUACAUGCAGGUCAUCGGUUUGGUGCGGCGAGCUCUUACAGUUCAGGGCGGCACUGGCCGAUGGAGCGCCACCACACCUGCGCCACCCCUUCAACCUCCUCCAGGGCCGCCGUGCCCUGAUCCACCUAGUUGCCUCUGUCCUACCUCAAUCUAGAUCAGGAUCUAGUUCCUCGUUAGCUGUCGGCCGAGCUUCUUCCUCGCUGGUGAGCUCCUUCUCCCUCUCCCAUCAGAUUGGGGAGUCGCUGGUCAACACACCUCCUGGUGGUGUCCUAUGGCAAGCGUGCUUGCAGUGCAGUCUGGCAGCGAGCACACUUGCAGUGUAGUCCGGCAAAAAUUUAUGUGGUUCGCUCCGUAAAAAUGAAUGUGUAUGAAGAAACACUUAUGCAGUCCUUUCUCGCGAGUGGGGAAGCCGAUGCCGUGACCAUGCAGUCCCAACGCGAUGUGUAAUGUGUAGCGUGCAAAUAAAAAAUGUAGUCUGAUCGCCUCAUC